GUCACUUCCGCCCCGUUUCUGGGCGGUGCCAAGAUGGACGGUCUACGGGCUCGGGAGCAACUGCGGCGGCGGUACCAGUUCCCGCCGGACGCGGAGGUCCCGCUGGACCGCGAGGGCUCCGUCGGGCCGGAAACCUCUACAGCUGUUGAGAAAAAGGAGAAACCUCUUCCCAGGCUUAAUAUCCAUUCUGGAUUCUGGAUUUUGGCAUCCAUUGCUGUGACCUAUUAUGUUGAUUUCUUUCAAACCGUUAAAGAAAACUUUCACACCAGUAGUUGGUUUCUCUUUGGCGGUGCCUUGUUGCUUGUUAGCUUAUCGAUUGCAUUUUACUGCAUAGUCUAUCUGGAAUGGUAUCGUGGAAUUGAAGAUUAUGAUAUGAAGUAUCCGGCGUUGAUACCUACUACAACUGCUACUUUUAUUGUAGCAGGAAUUUGCUUCAAUGUUGCUUUAUGGCACGUGUGGUCAUUUUUCACGCCACUGCUGUUGUUUACCCAGUUUAUGGGGGUUGUAAUGUUGAUCUCCCUCCUUGGAUGACUUCUGAAGGUGUAAGGGCUUGUCAGUUUAAAGUGAACAAUGAACAUCCUGCUAGCUGAAAGCACCACAGACGCAAUGGAAAAGCCACAGUGUGUUUUUGCAUCUACGAAGUGAAUGGUUUCCUUGGAAGAACUGCAACUUUAUAGCUCUGUAGUUGAAAUCAGAAUAAAUUAUAUUUCAUUUUUAUAUUCCUAAACUCAAGUGAUUAUCACAUUUUUCAGAUUCAAAAGUAGAACUAUUCUAUUCAAGACAGAAAUAGCUAAUUUGCAGUUAGUUAAAUGACUAAUUUAAUUAAAUAACUAAUCUGGAUCAUUGGAGAACCUGUUGGUGUAAACAUUUAAACAAAUUUUCAUUAGAGAUGCAUAAUGUACUCCUCACAUUGUAGAGAAAUUGUUCCCUCUUUUAAGGGGCAGCAGUUCAUUGUAUGAGAUGACUGGCUGUGUAUAUAAAGGAAUGAUGGUGUCGUGCCUUUAACCCAACUUCAGCAAUUCCUAUAUAAUUUCAUUUUUAUAAUGAUUUUGUUAGGAGGAGGACCAAUUGACAGGAUUUUGUUUUCCCGUCACUUGAAAUUUUAUCAUUGUGUAAAUUACUGGGUUUUUAGCAUUUGUUUAACAUAUGAACUUUUAAUCAUUUUAAGUAUGUGUAAUUUUUUUCUUAAUAUUUAAAUAAAGUGUUUUUAUAACUUU